AUGAACGUUCCCACUUUUCAUCCCUCUACCUCCCUAUCCCCAAAGUUUGUCAGGCUGCAACAGUCAGCCCAACCCAAGGCGAGGCGCCUUCACGUGAAGACGCCAGACGGCGCCAUUCCUCGAGCUGAAGAACUUGAAGAACGUGAUGAACUGCUUCUGUUGAUCUGUGACAACUUGUCUCGGGUAGCUUGUAGUUUUGCAGCAAGAUAUCCGCCCAUAUUCCUCACUUUUAAUUCCCAUGCAAGACAUUCAGCCGUUCAAUCACUCGGCGGCUAUGUGCCAAUGCUUAGGCGAGCGUCCAACAUUCAACUUCAAGAAUUCAAGUGGGGGUUCAUCCCCAUUUCUUGUCUACAUCAUUCUGGAAAACGCCAUAUCACUGCUCUCUACACCCCCACAGCCGUAGUCGGGAUCCCGAAAUAUCUUUUGCUGCGGAGACAAAGCAGAAGCGAACCUGAUAUUACUACGCAUGCCGCUCUACGUUCUGUGCUGGAGAUCCUACCUGUCGGAGCGUCGGAGCUAUCAAUGAUUCUAUCGCUCAUUGGGAAUUUGCCCAAGCUUGAACGAUCACAGUCUCUGUAUAUUUUCCGUGUGAAAUACGCCUCCUAG